AUGGCUCAAUUACAGUUACUGGACCUUUCUUCAAAUAAUUUAAGCGGAGAGAUUCCAAGGGAAAUGAGAAACCUAUCAAUGUUGUUAGAACUCGACCUAAGCAACAACGUGAUCAUGGGAAAUGUCCCCAUUGAGAUUGGACGUUUAUCUCAUUUGACACAUCUAAACUUAGCAUCAAACAAUUUGAGUGGAUCAAUACCGAUGCAACUCGGCUCAUGCAAAAGCUGGUUGAGCUUGAACUUGAGCAGGAAUAAAUUUCAGAGAAGCAUUCCUCCUGAGAUAAGCAACACACAAGUCCUUGAGAUUCUUGAUCUGAGUUAUAAUAUUUUGUCAAAAAAUGUACCAGGAGAGCUUGCAUUACUGAAAAACUUGCAAGUUCUAAAUAUCUCCCACAAUAACCUAUCUGGUUCCAUCCCACUUACAUUUAAUGAUAUGUUGGCCUUGACUUCUAUCGAUGUAUCCUAUAAUGAACUAGAAGGUCCUCUCCCAAAUGUCAAGGCUUUCAAUGAGGCUCCAUUUGAGGCAACUCAGCAUAACAAAGGGCUAUGUGGAAAUGUUGUUGGUUUACCAAACUGCAAUUCUAUCAGGAACAAGAAACAUAAUCUACAUGCUAGAGCUCGAAUCAUAAUUAUCCUCAUUAUAUCGUUCUUGGGGUUUGUCUUUCUCUCUUGCACCUUGAUUGUUGUUGUAAUCGUCAAUCAUCAUCAAAGAAGGAUUAUGAAGAGAAGGAAUAAUGAGCGGGCAAAUGAUUUGGAUUUCAUGAGUAUUUUGAGUUAUGAUGGCAAAGUUUUCUAUGAUCGAAUCGUUGAGGCCACAGAAGGAUUUGACUCCAAGUACUAUGUGGGUGAAAGAGCAUAUGGAAUUGUUUAUAAAGCCAAGAUAUCAUAA